UCCCUCUCUCGCCCUCCUUUCUUUAACUGACAUCGGGUCUGACUCGAAACAUGACAACAGAAAAGCCUUCCUCCUCCUCCUCCUCCUCCGCCGCGCUGCCGGACCCCGACCACUUGAAACUCCAAUAAGCAGGCGCACGGAGGGAAGGAGGAUCGCACAGGAUCCUGUCAGCGGGAGCUCAGGGGGAAUAACAAGAGACCUUUAUAUACCACUCUCUCUCUCUCACUCACUCUCUCUCUCUCACUCACUCUCUCUCUCUCUCACUCACUCUCUCUCUCUCUCUCUCUCACACUCUCUCUCUCACGCACACUCUCUCGCACACUCGCUCCUUGCGCAUCGCAGAGCCUUUCAGACAAGCGCUCGUGUCCUAACUCCGGGCAAAAGUUACCAUGUACGUGCACGCUUUGAUACGCGCGAGCCUUGGAUUUGUGGGUCUCUGCCUGGUCGCCUUUGUCCAACAGUCCGCUUCAGGAAGUAAAAGCACUCAAGAUGUGGACGAGUGUGCAGAGGCGCUUGACAACUGCAGCAUCGAUGCCAUCUGCCAGAACACCCUGAAGUCAUACAAAUGUAUCUGCAAGUCGGGCUAUAAAGGGGACGGCAAACAUUGUGAAGAUGUGGACGAGUGUGCGACUGAAUACAACGGCGGCUGUGUCCACGAGUGCAUCAACAUCCCUGGGAAUUACAGGUGCACAUGCUAUGAUGGCUUUCGCUUGGCACAUGACGGGCACAAUUGUCUCGAUGUGGAUGAGUGCUCGGAAGGCAACGGCGGAUGCCAGCAGAUUUGUGUCAACAUGAUGGGCAGCUACGAGUGCCGCUGCAGAGAAGGAUUCCUCCUCAGCGACAACCAGCACACCUGCAUCCAGAGGCCUAAAGCGCAACCAGAAGGCAGUAAGGACGGACCCACCUGUAUGGACAAGAACCACGGCUGUGCACACAUCUGCAGGGAAUCACAGAAGGGGGGCAUCUCCUGCGAGUGUCGACCUGGGUUCCAGCUCACCCGUAACAUGAAGGACUGCAAAUUGACAUGUAACUACGGUAACGGGGGUUGCCAGCACAUCUGCGAGGAGACGGACCACGGCCCCAAGUGUUCGUGCCACAUGAAGUUCGUCCUGCACAGCGAUGGAAAGACUUGUGUAGGAGAGAGGAGUGUCCAGUCCCAGGCAGCCCCACAGCUGUUCCCCAAUGAGACCUGUGCAGUGAACAAUGGCGGCUGCGAUAGCACGUGUCAUGAUUCGGUGACGGGGGUCCGCUGCAGCUGUCCAGUCGGCUUCACCCUGCAGCCGGACCGCAAGACCUGCAAAGACAUUGACGAGUGCCGCCUGAACAACGGCGGCUGCGAUCACGUGUGUCGAAACACCGUCGGCAGCUUUGAGUGCAGCUGCAAGAAAGGCUACAAGCUUCUGACCAAUGAGAGAACCUGUCAAGACAUCGACGAAUGCUCUUUCGACCGCGCGUGCGACCACUUCUGUGUGAACUCUGCCGGCAGCUUCCAGUGCCUCUGUCAAAGAGGCUACGUCCUGUACGGCCUGGCACACUGUGGAGAUAUCGAUGAAUGCAGUAUAAAUCAUGGGGGGUGCAAAUAUGGCUGCAUCAACUCUCUGGGGAGCUACGAGUGUACCUGUCCACCAGGGUACAAGCUGCACUGGAACAGGAAGGACUGCGUUGAACUCGUGAAGUGCUUUGCUGGACUGGUGGCACCCAAAGCAACACUGACCUGUAGCAAGACGGGCAAGAAAGAGAGCUGCUCCCUCACCUGUGCCUCUAAAGCUCACUAUCUGGCAGAGUCUGACAGCAGCUACUCAGUCAGUUGUGGUAUCCCCAUCUUCAGAGGAAAGUCUCCCUCCAGGCUCAACUCCAGCAGUCAUAGCUGCAUAGAGACUCUGGCUCCUCCAGUGAAGCAGACGGCUUCUUUCAAGAUUAAAAACGCCAAAUGUCACCUGCACCCCAAACUGACCGGCAGGACGGAGGACAGGGGACGGACACUAGGACCAGGAGGGGGGCAGCCCUGCAGCAACUGCCUCGUAACGUUUGUCAACCUCAGAUGUGACUCCUCAAAGAAAACCAAAGGACGACGUGCUCGUAACCCGUCCAACAAAGAGGUAACUCGCAUUACUCUGGAGCUGGAGGCCGAGGUCAAACCUGGAGACACCACAGGCAGUUGUAACCUCAGCUGCCUGAGACAGCGCAUGGAGAAGCAGGUGAAGACGUACAUCAAGGCUCUGAAGAAGUCCAUCAACCAGGAGCGCUUCCUGAUCCGAGUCGCGGGCUUGGAAUACGAGGUCGCCCAAAAACUUCCCCAGGCUGCUCCCAGUCAAGAGAACUGUGGCCCGGGCUCGGAGCGGGAGAGCGGCCGAUGUGUCAGAUGUUUGUCGGGGUCGUAUUACCACGGCGAGCAGGAGCGCUGCGUCCAGUGUCCACCGGGGACUUUCCAGGAGAGGGAGGGGCAGCUGGCCUGUGACCUCUGCCCCGGCAGCGACGGCCACGGGCCUGUGGGGGCACGGAACAUCUCCUCCUGUGCAGGCCAGUGUCCGACAGGCUCCUUCUCCAGCGAUGGCUUCAAACCGUGUCAGCCGUGCCCUCUGGGAACCUACCAGGCAGAUCUGGGACGGACCCUGUGCUUCCCCUGUGGCGGAGGACUGGGCACCAAGCGGGAAGGUGCCAGCUCCUUCCACGACUGUGAGGUCAAAGUUCAGUGUUCUCCCGGUCAUUACUACAACACCACAGUACACCGGUGCAUCCGCUGCCCUGUGGGGACCUAUCAGACAGAGUUUAGACAGAACUACUGUAUCACCUGCCCAGGAAACACCACCACGGACUUUGAUGGGGCCACGAGCGUAUCGCAGUGCAAGAACAGGCAAUGCGGUGGAGAGAUGGGAGAGUUCAUGGGUUACAUUGAGUCACCGAACUACCCCGGUAAUUACCCCGCCAACGUGGAAUGUAUCUGGAACAUCAACCCGCCCAGCAAACGCAAGAUCCUCAUCGUGGUGCCGGAGAUUUUCCUGCCCUCCGAGGACGAGUGUGGAGAUGUGUUGGUGAUGAGGAAGAACUGGUCAGCUACAUCCAUCACCACCUAUGAGACGUGUCAGACGUACGAGCGGCCAAUCGCCUUCACAGCUCGCUCCAGACGUCUGUGGAUUAACUUCAAGUCCAACGAGGCCAACAGCGCCCGGGGCUUCCAGAUCCCCUACGUCACCUAUGAUGAGGACUAUGAACAGCUUGUAGAGGACAUCGUGAGGGACGGACGACUCUACUCUUCAGAAAACCACCAAGAAAUCCUCAAGGAUAAAAAACUGAUUAAGACUCUGUUCGACGUGCUGGCUCACCCAAACAACUACUUCAAGUACACCACUCGGGAGUCCAACGAGAUGCUCCCCCGCUCCUUCAUACGUCUCAUCAGCAGCAAAGUCUCCGCUUUCCUGCGACCAUACAAGUAAAAAGGUCGCACGGCCGACGCAUUGGAUCGUGACCUCCCCCGACACCCCCCCCUCCGCCUUGCAGGCCACAUCCCGCAACUCUCACAGGGCUUAAAAAAAAAAAAGAAAAGAAAACGAAACACAAAACCUACCACCUUGUUUACCCUCUCGUAUUUUCCAUAGGCUUUGACAAUAAACACUAUGCAGACCUGAAGAGAACAUUAUUUGUGUUUUAGGUUUAAUUCUUGUCCGUUUCCGUUCAGCGCAGGUCUGCAGUCCCGAGCUCAAACCCUUAGUGGGGGUGUAGAGUGUGUGAUUGGGUUUGGUUUUCUAUUGUGUUGUGAAACAAAACCACACACAGACACACACAGAAAAUAACAAUAGAAACGUCGACUUCAGACAGGAGUGAUGUUUUGUGUGUGUGCGGUUUGAGCUUGAUAGAGCUUGUUGUUGUCGUAUUUGCUUAAAUGAGUGGUCUGAGUUCCAGCUCCAACUCCUACCAUUAAGUAUGACUGUGUGCGUGUUGUGUAAGUGUUGUGUAACCCUGGUUCCAUCUUCAGUGUCUGUGUGCCGCCCUUCGAGGAGGAGCCGUCGCUGAAUCUCAUGUCGCAGCUGCGCUCCAGGUCAUUUAAAGCCUUACUUAUAUUUGAGCUCUUAGAGCGACUUCCACGAGUUUUACUGUUAAAACAGUUCAUCUGUGUUUUGUUUUCCGUCUGUCUGCUCGACUGCGCCGGCGUUUUCCAAACCUUGAAAUCACGCCUGUCGCUCUUUUACAAGCCAACUUGCAAAGCAAAUAGAAAGGUGGUGUUUUUUUUUGGUUUUAUUGGUUUUAUUCCAGGAACACCCGCGAACAUUUGAGGGGACGAAUAACAAACUAAUAAUAAUAAUGAGAGCCACGGAAAUGAGAUAAUGGGAUGUAAGAUGGAACAUGUCUCAGUGAGAGAGAGAGAGAGAGAGAGAGAGAGAGAGAGAAAUGUCUUUGAGGGACAUUGCGUUUGCUGCUUCUUUUAAAAGGUCACUUUAAUUCUUCAAUCUCAUAUUGUCUUUCUGAUGUACUCAACACACUAAUAGUCCGUGGGUUUUAAAACCAGCGGAAUCUGAAACUCUUUAAUUCCCACACACAGUUGAUAAAUUGAUAAUCUCACAUUGCCUGUCAGUGGAUUUCUAGUUUUACCGUGUUUUAUUAUUAUUUGUUUUUUUUCAACAAUCUUGUAAAUAAUGAAAAUAAAUUAGACGAGGGUUGAAUUCUUCAAUCCUAAUUUGUUUACGCAGGACCCCCCCCCCUUCCCCCCCUUAAAAACUUUCCACCCUUUAAUGUUGCGCCCGUCUUCAGAUCCAAAGACACCUAGUACUUACUCGCACCCCCCCACCCCUCCAUACACACCCCGCUCAUGUUUUAUUCUGUCCCAAUGAAGACAGCUCUUCCAAAGACUGCCCUUAAAAAAGAGGGGAAGGUCAAGUUGUUUGUGCACUAGAUUUAGAAGUCGUCAUCCUACCUUUUCACUACAAGUUCAAUGAACAAAAGAAGAUAACACCUUUAACUUUGGUUCCGCCCUGUUGUGACCCACACAGCGGUUGUGAAAAGGUGUUUGAAGUGGGCGUCGGUCUUGUCGAGACUCGUAUGAAAUAUGCGUCACUACUGGCAGAAGAAGUCUCGGAUUCAUCGUGUCUCUCUUAUACGACCAAGUAUUACGGUAACAUAAAGGGAAAGAACAUUGCUUUUGAGAGUUGAGUUGUAAGUUUUACGAAAAUAAAGUCGUGAUAUCAUAAGGUUGAAAUUUAAAUUUAAUUUAAAUAUAGUCGUAAAAUGAUGACAAUAAAAAGUCAGAUUUUAGACCUGUUGCCAUCGUUAAAAUUAGGAAUUGGGAGCAUCUUUGUUAAGUUACACUUUUCAAGUUACUUAGCAGGACUUUUAAAAAGAUUGUGAAUGAGUUUAUUUCAAAGAAAGAAGCAAACAGACACAGAUUUGGAGGAAAUUGCCUCUUUUUGUGGAGGAGGAAAUGUUUGGUGGUCGAUUGUGUAUCUUUGGUUACAUCUGCGUGAUAUUCAAAGUGGUUUCACAGUUUCUCAAGAAACCUGGAGACUGGUUGAAGAUUUUGGAUCCAGACGAAGUGGAACACAGGUUCUAAUAGCAGCUCAUUUCCUUUGUAUUCAUUCUCAUGAUAUUAUGACUUUCUUCCCAAUUACGACUUUAUCCUCACAAUAUUUCAACUUAAUUCUCGAAACGACAUUGUACUCUUAACGGGCAAAAUACAAAAAGAAAACUAAAUCCGUUAAAAUGUGAUUUAAAAAUAAUGGUAUUUGGUGUGUUUAAAAAUAUGUAGAUAUAUAUGUUAUGAAAUUAAAACAGCGACCAAAACAGGGUGAAAUAAUUAAUGUUUAGUCAAAUCUGACACUUUGCUUCAUGUUAGGAUCUGCAAAGUAGUCAAGGAGUAGAAUUUGGCAUUUUGGCAUUUUCACGUCUGUAUGGAAGCUACAGCCGGUGGAUAGUUAGCUUAGCAUAAAGAGUGGAAAUGGAGGGAAACAGCUAGCCUUGUCCUGUCUGCCUACCACAUUUCUUAAGCUCAAUUAUUAACACAUUCAGACUUUUUUGAUGUAAAAUUCUGAGUGUGGAAACAACAGUGUGUGGUUUUUACUAAAGAGUUGAUCGAGCACAGUGACGACGGGAGUCUCGGCAAGAAAGUGCAUGAGCAAAUUUCCCAAAAUGUCUGAGCUACUCCUUUUUAAUAUCAGUGUCAUCAGUGCAGACGGCUACAUGGUUGGUCUGUGGGCAAGUGACAAUGAUAAUCCCCCCCCCCCCCACUUUAACCCACAUAUUCAACCUUCUAAAUAAAAAGUUAAAUCGAGUUCACGCUCACUCUCUGAUAACGAAUGAAUAGAUCAGGGAGGAUGUUUUUGUAAAUGUAAAUAAAGAAUACGCGGGACGCUACAAGUCGUACCAUGCACCUGCACGUCUCCACGUACCUGAGCUCUAGGAUGACACAAAGGGAAUUUGACCACAUUGUCAGAUUUGAGGGCAACGCUGGGCCGAGCCAUGAAAACACGAAAUCCCUCUAUACACAUCUCACUUAAAUACUUAUUUUACAUUUACUCCUCCGUGCAGACGUCAUCACGCAGCGUCCCAGUGCCGCUGCUCACUCGGCCCACAUGCCCUCAUUCCCCCAAACACCCCCCCCCCCUCCCCGGCCAAAAUCAUCAUCAUCAUCAUCAUCAUCAUCAUCAUCGUCUUCUCCUGCAACCUGUAGUUUUUUUUGUUUUUAAUUGUUGCCUUUUAACAAGAGUUUGCUAUGAUGUAUCAUAGAGUUGAUAAUGAUAUUUGCACUUGAAUUGUUAUUGCUCAUGUAAAAAAAAAUGUCUGGAUUUUGUAUUGUCUUUUUAAAUGAAUGGAAUUGGUGUUCUUAUGUUCUUGUAGCUUGUUUGUCCAUGAAAUGCUCACUCACCGUUUAGUCUAUAGAGAUGAUACACAUACAGUAACAUUAUCAACUGUAAAGAAAAAGAAAUGUACAGAGGUGAAUGGAACAAGUUUGUACCUGUUGCUGCCCAGAAACACUUAUUGAAAUAAACAAACUGUACUUCA